AGGUACGAAAAAUAUUAAAAAUCUUCCAAAAUUGAUUGAAAAGCAUAGAAAGUGUUGAGCUUUUCAGUUCGGGACAAGUAGCGCCGACCCAUUUGGCACCUUUAUCUUAUCUCAGCUGAGAAACCAGAUUCCCCACCAAUCGGAUCGUACCCAACUCCGGCAGAGGCCCAAAACCGGAGUUCCUUGUGCUUCCAACGCCAUUAAAACCACGCUCCUUCGGCUUCUUCUCUCCGACCCUCAUCACGAUUCAAUCCCAGGUCCAGUCAGUUGAGUUUGUAAGAGGGUUUGAGGAAAAUGUACCCUGGUGGUUACAGUGUUGAAGUUACGAGCUUAUCCCCUAAAGCCACAGAGAAGGAUGUUUACGAUUUCUUCAGUCACUGUGGUGCAGUUGAGCAUGUUGAAAUCAUGAGGUCUGGUGAAUAUGCUUGUGCUGCAUAUGUGACAUUCAGAGACGCUUAUGCUCUUGAAACUGCUGUAUUGCUCAGUGGAUCCAGAAUUGUAGAUCAAUGUGUCUGCAUUGCACGCUGGGGUAACUAUGUUGAUGAAAUUGAUCCUUGGAACGGUCCUGCAUUCAACUCUGAAAACCACAGUAGCUCAACGGCCUUUCACACAAGCCAGUUCAUUUCAAGCCCUGGAGAGGCUGUAACUGUUGCUCAGGAAGUUGUCAAAACAAUGGUAGCCAAGGGAUAUGUUCUGGGACAAGAUGCAUUAAUCAAGGCAAAAGCUCUUGAUGAGUCCUAUCAAGUAUCGGCUACUGCAGCAGCCAAAGUUUAUGAGCUUAGCGAUCGAAUUGGGCUCACUGAGAGAAUUCAUGCAGGCAGGGAAGUUGUCAAGUCCCUAGACGAGAACUUCCAUGUUUCAGAGAUCACCAAAACAGCUGCAACUGCUACCGGAACAGCAGUAGUGGUAGCAGCAACAGUUACUGGGAGAGCAGCCUUAGCAGCAGGAAGCGCUGUAGUGAACAGCAGCUACUUUGCCAAGGGAUCUCUUUGGGUUUCGGACAUAUUGACUCGUGCAGGCAAAGCUGCAGCUGAUUUGGGCAGUCAUGACAGUAAAUAAGUAACACCAUUUCUCAAGUACGUUCAUCUGUAUCUGAAUUUCUUUACAAAAGAUCAAUAAUCUGCUAAAUGCCAGCCUAGUAUAUAGAAAUUGUCUCUCUAAAUCGUCUAUCUGAAUAUUUGUACAUCAAAAACAAUAUUGAAUUUAGUAAAAAACAGUGGUCGGUCUAAAUUGUAUUGAUCAUGAAUCAAAAGGACUUGUUCAACAUUCUUCCCAUGAUGAUCGGCAAAGAUGGUUGACUCUGUUACAGACUGUUUCUGAGAUUAAUAAGUCAACUUCUCUUCCAUCUCUGAACUCUCUCUAACACAGUAAAAUCUAAAGCUCUUGGUAAAUCAGAGUCAGAGAGAGACAGCAAGGUUGUGGUUACUUUCAAAAUUGAAGGAGUAGACUUCAAAAUUCUAUCAGCUUUCCCUCAACUACUUCCUAAUUAUUCUUAACAAUGCUACUCUCAUCUGCCAACCAAUCUUUAUAUAUCAUUCAGUAUUACAGCAGUCUUUACCUCCCAACGACCCCGUGAUUUUGAAUGUUGACAUUGUAUUCUUCUCUUGCAGUAUGUUGAUGCCCAAAUUCCGGACAAUAACAUCCGGAAAAGGACAACUACA